AUGGCUAGCGAAACCAACUCAACCUCUGCGGAUAGGCGAGUUUGUCGAGGAACAGACUACUUGGUAAGCAUACAAAUGAGUCUGUUCUCCAAAAUUCCCUAUCGUUCAGGCACGCAACGCCUUCACCUUCUGCCGUACUGUCAAAGAAACAUUUAGCGACAACGUCUAUCGACAGUUCUUGAGCAUCAUGGACAAUUUCUUGCACGAGAAGUUGGCUAAACCCUUAGUAUGCAAACUGAAUAGUCAAUUUUUCAGUGCGGCUUCCGGCGAACUCGUCAAAAGAGUUGUGCAACUCUUCUACGACAGUCAUGAUUUGCUCAUGCUCUUCGAAGGCAUGUUUCCCGAAGGAAAUACUAUUUCCGUGCGAGCAGAUGGGCUGUAUGUGUUCGAUUCUGUUGGGCGUGCAACUCAGGUGAGCGUAAGAUUGAGAUUCUGGGGUUAAUAAUGACUUUAUCCUCAGGUAAUCCCACGAGAAGGAGCUAUGUAUCCGGAGGAAACCGAGGAGAAGGAGAAUGUGACUCCAUAG